GAAACUUCGACACAAAUAACACGCUAGCGAGUGGCACGUAUCUGCCUAGAGUGGGAGGGGCGCGCCAGAUCACCCCUCUCAAGCGAAUCCCUACAUAAACCUCACACUACCCUUCCUCCUCGCUUCUCCUUUACAUCCACGCCACAAUUCAACGAUCGCGACCUCGUUUCAUUACACAUUUCAACUUUACAUCAAAUCCCAUCAAAUCUUUAAUCACUUGCUGGUCGCAUCAUGGCUCGUACUAAGCAAACUGCCCGCAAGUCGACUGGUGGCAAGGCCCCUCGUAAGCAGCUGGCUUCUAAGGCUGCUCGCAAGUCUGCCCCCUCCACUGGUGGUGUCAAGAAGCCUCACCGCUACAAGCCUGGUACUGUCGCUCUUCGUGAGAUUCGUCGGUACCAGAAGUCUACCGAGCUUCUGAUCCGAAAGCUCCCUUUCCAGCGCCUUGUUCGCGAGAUUGCUCAGGAUUUCAAGUCCGAUCUCCGUUUCCAGUCGUCUGCUAUCGGCGCUCUUCAGGAGUCCGUUGAGGCAUACCUCGUCUCUCUGUUCGAAGACACCAACCUCUGUGCCAUUCACGCCAAGCGUGUCACAAUCCAGUCCAAGGAUAUUCAACUUGCUCGUCGUCUUCGCGGCGAACGCUCUUAAUUGGGUAUUGAGUUCCUUCACAUCUGCGCUUUAGUUCCUGGCCUAUUGAUGUGCUGGUCAAAAAGAUGUAACGCGCGUCUUUAAUGAGUCGGAACUUGCUGCUGGGAUAUUUGAGCGGGGUUUAAGGGCUUCUGUUUUCAUUUCGGGACAAUGGCACGGUGCUUUCUUUUCAUUCAUGGGUCUGUUUUGGGAUGGUCAAUUUUCUGCUUUGUACAAUAUCUGGUGACCAUGAUGGUCUACGCACGAAAUCCAUGAAAGGACGA